AGUUUGUGUUGUGGAAUCAAGAGAUAUACACCUGAAUAAAAUCAUUAGCGCAUUUCACAAUUUUUAGUCGUACUUGAUUCAUAAAAUUGCAAAAUAAUUUGUACGAAGUGAAUUUUGUGUUUCUCAUUUAAUUCCUCAAAAAGACCAUUAAGCAAAUAUAAGAGAGACUCAGUGGAUAGAAAGUGUUGCUCAUCUCACAAUUUGCAUAAUCUCUCUUGUGAUUCGAAUAAAAUAGAUUUAUGUGAAUAAAAAAUGUUCCGAUACUCGGCACUAGUUUUUCUGUUGGCAGUAUUGCCAGUCGCUUACAAUCAGUUCAUCACAUUUAAAGAUGGCAAGAUUGGAGUUAAUUUUUUUGGCUUUCAAGCUGAAGCAGGUCUUGGUGGUCUUUUAACAGGAGAUGCAGCACAUGGCGGACUUUCAGCAUCUGCUAAUACGCCAUUCGGCCAGAGAGCAGCAGCAGGAUUGGGUGGAACUGUUGAUGAUCAGGGACGUCCAAGAGGUGGAGGCUUUGCAGCUGCUACGGCUGGUGCUGGCCUUGGUGCGAGUGCAGCCUUAGGCGGAAGUCUUGAUGAACAAGGUGGACGAGGCGGUGUUGGAAGUGAAGCACAUGGAGCUGGAUAUCAAGCAAAAAAGGUGGAAAUAACUCAAUUUCCACAGCAACUAACCAUCCCUCAGAAUGUGAAAGCUAUAGAAUUUGGACCAAUAAAUCCACGCAUUUCAGCAGAACAAGAUCAAUCUGAAAGACGUAGACUGAAAGCAAAGUAUGCUCAAUUACAAAGGGACGAUCAAAACAAGAUUCCAAGUUUGGAUAGUCGUUUUAACGACAAUGAUGAUUACGUGCCUCCAGCACCACGACAAGACUAUCGAAAUUUCUUUGAUUUUGGCUAUUUUUCUGAUCUUGCGGCAACAUUUUCGAAUGCACCAAAUCCACAAACACAAUCGGGAUAUGGCAUACAGAUUAGAAAACAAAAGACACCAAACACUGUCGAAUUGGAGAAAAUUAUAACACCUGACUUGUCAAAAAAGACUGAUGCGUCAAAGAAAGUCGAUGAUUUUUUCUAAAAAAUUCAUUAAAUGCACAAUCGCACUCAUGUCCUUGAUAUUUGACCUAAAAGAUAUUAGAUGCAUGCAUUCAUCAGCACAAAAAAAAAACUAAUUUUACCUUCCAUUUUUGUACGUAUUAUCAUAAGUACGGGUAGCUGGCAACAAAAACAGUAUCUUCUAAAUUAAAUUGUAACUUAACUCCCCAUUGGCAAUAGAAAUGUUAAUAAAAAUGAA